GGAAGGGAAGUGGCGGAACCAGGGGCCCCUCUGCGGCGCGGGACUGAGCCCGCCACGCAGGCGCCCGCGCCCCCGCCGCCAUUGUUGCCCGGGGCCUCUCGGGCCGCUCCGGCUGCGCGUCCGCCGGUCCCAGCGACAGCAAGUUGGAAGUUUUAUCUGUUGUUUGCUCAUGAUUCAAGUCUUUGCUUCUAUCACCACCUUGUUAUGGCAGUCCCAACCUCCUCCCUAGCAGACUGCAUUUAUCUUACAAGUCUAAGGGCAUAAGAGAGAGAGACCAAGGGUCUCUUAACCAUCCCUGCAAGUUCUGGGCUCAGAAUUUGUAACAAAGGCUGCUAACUCUACCUUCACUCUGUUCUGCCCCUGGCUGCAGCAGCCCUUGAUAUCAUGUCUUUGUGGCUCUAGCAUGAGUCUUCAAGCAGUUGGCUCACUACUGGAGAAAUAAAGGAUACUGCUAGAUUGACUCUCCUGUCUGUAGCAAUGUUAGCCCCAAGCAAGAGGAUGACCAGUUCUUCACGCUCCCAAAUCCUUCUAAUGUGGAAGCCAGACAAGGCUCAGACUGGACCCCACAAUGUUGAAAAGGAAACCCUUGCUUCAAGACUCUUGCGUGACGCUGAAACCUGUCGACAGAAUUUUAGGAAUUUUCCAUACCCAGACCUGGCUGGUCCUCGAAAGGCAUUGAAUCAACUCCGAGAGCUCUGCCUUAAGUGGCUGAGACCUGAGAUUCACUCAAAGGAACAAAUCCUGGAGCUGCUGGUGCUGGAACAAUUCCUGACCAUCCUGCCUGGGGAGGUUAGGACUUGGGUGAAGUCCCAGUACCCAGAGAACAGCGAGGAAGUGGUGACUCUGGUGGAGGAUUUGACUCAGAUUCUAGAAGAGGAAGCUGCUCCUCAGAACUCUGCCCUUCCCCAGGAGACCCCAAAGGAAGACCCCAAAGGAAGACAUGCUUUCCAGGCAGGAUGGCUAAAUAACUUGGUGACCAAAGAAUCAAUGACAUUCAAAGAUGUGGCUGUGGAUAUCACCCAGGAGGACUGGGAGCUAAUGCGUCCUGUACAGAAGGAACUGUACAAGACUGUGACGUUACAGAACUACUGGAACAUGGUUUCUCUGGGACUUACAGUGUACAGACCAACUGUGAUUCCCAUAUUGGAAGAACCGUGGAUGGUGAUAAAGGAAAUUCUAGAAGGCCCUAGUCCAGAACGGGAAACAGAAGCCCAAGAGCAUACUCCAGUUAAAAAUAUUUCUAAACUCACAAAGGAUGGAACCAGGACCAUCAAAUUGGAAGAACGAUUUGACUAUGAUGACAGAUUAGAGAGGCAAGCAACAGAUAGCUUCAGGAAAAUUCCCACUAAUGGAAGAGAUUUCAGGUUGAAGUCAGUCCUUUCACAAGAAGAUGACCCUACAGAAGAGUGUCUUAGUAAAUAUGAUAUAUAUAGAGAGAGUUUUGAAAAGCAUUCAAACCUAAUUAUACAGUUUGGUACCCAAUCAGAUAAUAAAACUUCUGUGUAUAACGAAGGCAGGGCAACCUUCAGUCACGUCUCAUAUGGUAUUGUACAUAGGAAAAUACUUCCUGGAGAGAAGCCUUAUAAAUGUAACGUGUGUGGAAAAAAGUUUAGGAAAUACCCAUCCCUCACGAAACACCAAAGUACCCAUGCCAAAGAGAAAUCUUAUGAAUGUGAAGAAUGUGGGAAAGAGUUCAGGCACAUCUCAUCCCUUAUUGCACAUCAGAGAAUGCAUACUGGAGAAAAACCGUAUGAAUGCCACCAGUGUGGUAAGGCCUUCAGCCAGCGUGCACACCUUACUAUACAUCAGAGAAUUCAUACAGGAGAGAAACCCUAUAAGUGUGAUGACUGCGGGAAGGACUUUAGUCAGCGGGCACACCUUACUAUACAUCAAAGGACACAUACUGGAGAGAAACCAUAUAAAUGCUUGGAAUGCGGUAAAACCUUCAGCCACAGUUCAUCACUGAUUAAUCAUCAGAGAGUUCAUACUGGAGAAAAACCUUAUAUAUGCAACGAAUGUGGGAAAACUUUCAGUCAGAGUACACACCUCCUUCAACAUCAAAAAAUACAUACUGGAAAGAAACCAUAUAAAUGCAAUGAGUGUUGGAAAGUGUUUAGUCAGAGUACUUACCUUAUUCGACACCAGAGAAUUCAUUCUGGAGAGAAGUGUUAUAAAUGUAAUGAAUGUGGAAAGGCCUUUGCUCAUUCCUCAACUCUUAUUCAGCAUCAAACUACUCACACUGGAGAGAAAUCCUAUAUAUGUAACAUAUGUGGGAAAGCCUUCAGCCAGAGUGCAAACCUUACUCAACAUCAUAGAACACAUACUGGAGAGAAACCGUAUAAAUGCAGUGUGUGUGGGAAAGCAUUCAGCCAGAGUGUACACCUUACUCAACAUCAGAGGAUUCAUAAUGGAGAAAAGCCCUUCAAAUGCAAUAUAUGUGGGAAAGCAUAUAGACAGGGUGCAAAUCUUACUCAACAUCAAAGGAUUCAUACCGGAGAGAAACCCUAUAAGUGUAAUGAAUGUGGGAAAGCUUUUAUUUAUUCCUCAUCACUUAAUCAACAUCAGAGAACUCACACUGGAGAAAGACCCUAUAAAUGUAAUGAAUGUGAUAAAGAUUUUAGCCAGAGAACAUGCCUUAUUCAACACCAGAGAAUUCACACAGGAGAGAAGCCCUAUGCAUGCCGUAUAUGUGGUAAAACCUUCACCCAGAGUACAAACCUCAUUCAGCAUCAACGCGUUCAUACAGGUGCCAGACAUCGUAAUUAACACAGGAGACUUCUUUUAGGUUUUACAACUUAAUCAUUUAAGUUUUAUUUUGUACUCUGUGUGUUAAAAAUUAUUCAAAAGAAGUGCAAUAUAUGUUAGAUAUUACUCAGCAAAAGUAUCAGAAUUAGUAACGUGGAUAUAACCUAUUUAAGUUUAAUGUGAAAUUUAAGAAGAAAACUACAUUCACUUCUCAACCUUUAUUUGAUAUCAGUUUAAUUCAUUCCAGAAAGAAACCGUAUGAAAGAGCACUCAAAAAUCUGUAACUCACCAACUCUUGCUGUAUUUCAACUACUACUUAAUGAGGCCUUACGAGUGAAAUUUGGGAAAGCUUCCAUCAAGUAGAGAUUUCACACUAGAGAGUAAUCCUGGGAUGAUAGAAAAGAAAAAGCUGCUUUCAGGCAUCCCAGCUUUGAAGCCUUAAAUAUGUAAAGGGUUCCCUUCCCCUUUUUACUUCCCUGUUCCUAUCAUGUCAUAACUGCCAUGUGGAACCAGUAGGUUUGCCCAAAAAAAAAACAGUUGAAAGUACCUUAAAGAUUUCUGUGUAACCACUGUUUAAUUACCCUUUCCUUUAAAUACUGAAAUAUUAAGGGAAGAAAAGCUUAAUGAAAGAUCUGUUAGGAUAGAGAAACUAAUGUUGUGUAUAUAACUCUUAGACGUGUACAAAUUUAGUUAAACCCAAAAAUUAAACACCCAAGCUUAAUUUAAUCUUUAAAACAUAUUAACCUUAGUUUCACUAGGUUCUGACAUCUGUCGUCCUAGAGGAAAAAAUAAGAAUACAAUUCUCAUUUUUUUUACCUGACUCCUAAAUUCCUAACUUAAGGUUCCCUUUUGACUGUUUUACUGUAAAGAGUCCAUUUCUUCCACUGAAACACGUGUUUCUUGAGUGCCUACUGUGCUCAGGCCCAGACUUUGUAAUGGGAUCCUUUGAGGGCUUGUAUAUAGUGCUGAGAGUCACAGCUGACGUAAGCAACAGAAAGCUUUCUAAAGUGAUGAAAGAUAAAGGAAGGACAUGGUCUUAAUUCCUGGGUCCUGGAAUGAGCCUAAGAAACCUGCUAAAUGGGUUGCCGAAUAGGACCGUCUGUCCCAAGACAAGAAAGUAAUGGAAGCAGCUAUUUAAAUAGUGUGAGGAUAAGUAAGUAAUGGGAAAUAGCUUUGAGAUCACUGUGGAAAGUGGGUCAGGAAAACAUCAAGGUGAAGACUUAACAGUGAGGAAAGAGAAUAUACACAGCUAACGGUUAUAACAUGUUAUUGGACUUGAUUUACCUGAGAAAAUAAGAGUGACGAAUUAAAAAAAUCAGCCUGUUGUUUAUAUAAGAAGAAACUAAAAAUGAAAUGACUGAUUUUAAAGGAAUAAUUAGAAUUGGUACUUCUUCAUACGUGUAAGUAAAAUGGGGAUUACUCUUAAAAAUAUCAGAAAAAAAUUUCAUUGGAAAAAGCAUUGAUGCAGAAAUAUCAUUGAUGGCAGAUCAUAACUGAGUUUGUGUGGUCCUAAACAACAUAAAAGGAAAACUAGCAGAAAUAGAAAUAGAAAUAGGUCAAAAUACUACAGUAGUCCCCCCUUAUCUGCGGUUUUGCUUUCUGUGGUUUCAGUUGCCCACAGCCACAGUCCAAAAAUAUUAAAUGGAAAAUUCCAGAAAUAAACAAUUCAUAAGUUUUAAAUUGCGCACUGUCUGAGUAGCGUGAUGAAACCGUGUUGCCGUCCUACUGUGUCCCACUCGGAAUAUGAAUCAUCCCAUUUGCUGGAUCCCCAACCAUCGACAUGGUCAUGGCCCGAUGAUCCUCCUCCUGACAUAUCAGAAGGUCAGUAGUAGCCUACCGCUAUGUCACAAUGCCUACGUCAUUCACCUCUCUUCAUCUCAUCACAUAAGCAUUGUGUCAUCUCACAUCAUCACAAGAAGGGUGAGUACAGUACAAUCAAAUCUUUAGAGAAGGACCACAUUCACAUAACUUUCAUUAUAGUAUGUGUUCUAUUUUAUUGUUAAACUUUUAUAGUACCCUAAUUGUAACCUUUAUCAUAGUAGGUAUGUAUAGGAAAAAAGUAGUACAUAUAGGUUUCAGUACUAUCCACAGUUUCAGGCAUCCACUGAGGGCCUUGAACACGUCCCACAUGGAUAAGGGGGCACUCCUGUAUUGUAUUUAAUAUCCACAGCAUUCCACUAUCAGAAUAUAAGACCAUAUACUGAGAGCUGAGAUUUUAUCUUUUGUUUCUUCAGUGCCUUGCGAAUGGUGGUCAAUGUGUGUUGGUUGAAUUAAUGAAUAAAUAAGUAGAGUUGAGUAACAACGUAAAAUUAA